GGCGUCGUCUUGGGUGAAGUACGCUUUAACGGGUUGCGAAAAAGAUGAAUGAAAUCCCUGUUUUUGACGUUAAACCGUGGUUUGUAUCACCGGAAAGUUGUAAAUAGGUACGGGGAAGACGUACCAGUAUUAAGUUUUGCGGUGUACGCAGUUUUCAUCGCUUGUUUUGCAUUUAUAUUUACGUGUCAAAAGUUUGUAAACAAAGUGGUCACGUAGUUUGACAAUAGUGAUGCGCGUUAUCGACUAGAACUUUCGCCUUUAAUGCUUUCCUGUACUGGAAGUGAGUGAUUUUGAAUUCAGUUUUCAUUUACUAUUAACUAAAGCAUCAGUAAUUUUAUAAAUAUUGUUAAAUUAUUGCUUUCUUGUGCUGCCGGACACACAACUUGGAAUCGUCAGUUUCGCCUUUUUUGGCCAAGCAUGGAAAAUCUUUCAGUUAUUACGGGGUAAAUAAAGAAAAGUGUGUGUCUGAAACUUGUUGCAGUUAUUAUCUGUAUGUUUUUAGCUUAAUAUUAGUGAACUGAGGUACUGUUCCCAACGCGAUGAAUGAUAUCGGCGGCAAGCAAGAAAUACCCAGUACAUCAACAUGGGAAGCUGUUACGCAGGUACAACCGCUUUCACAUCCACAUCAUCCAGAAAAUUUAUCGGUUCUUGUUCCAACACCCAUCAAGAUUCCUCCAGGAGUGGACCUUGAAAAUGCUAUGCCUCAUACCGCACCAUUGCCUCAAAUUCCCCAGACCCCUCAGGGAAUUCCUGUUGGAGGAUUCAUUGAUGACUUACCACCAGAACUGAUACAUCAGGGUUGGCGGAAGUUCUGGAGUAAAAGAGAGAACAGACCAUAUUUCUGGAAUAAAUUGACAGGAGCAUCACUAUGGGAGAUGCCUCUUCCAAAACAACAGUUUGAUCCAAUUACGGAUCCUUUGGGAAUAUGUAAUCCACCACCUCCAAUGGUAAAUGGUCCGCCAGCAGUGGUUGCAAUUAAGAGGAGAGCAUCAGAAGAAGCUGUGGGGAGUCCGGUUAUGAAGAAGUUCAUUUUAGCUGGACCAUGGGAUCUAGAGGUUCCAACAAAUGCUGUUAUUUAUGAAAGACCUCCAAUUGUUAUACCUCACCCACACCCAGAUGUUGAAGCUUACAGAUGUAAUUUGGCAUUGAAGCUCCGGCAGUGUUAUGAAGAACUGUGUCAUUCAAGAGAAGCAAUCGAUGCACCUAAGGAUUCAUUUAAUCGUUGGCUAAUGGAGAGAAAAGUUAUUGACACAGGUUGUGAUCCUUUGCUUCCAAGUAAUUGUUUUCCAGAGAUUUCGGCUUCUAUGUAUAGGGAAAUAAUGAAUGAUAUACCAAUAAAGCUAGUACGGCCCAAGUUUACUGGAGAUGCAAGAAAACAACUUUCACGUUAUGCUGAAGCUGCAAAGAAGACAAUUGAAUCGAGGAAUGCCUCAUCUGAAAGCCGUAAAGUUGUCAAAUGGAAUGCAGAAGAUACAUUUCAGUGGCUUCGACGAACUGUUGGUGCCACCUAUGAUGACUUCCAGGACAGGCUGGCACAUUUGAAGCGGCAAUGUCAGCCACAUCUUACAGAAGCCGUGAAAUCAUCAGUUGAGGGGAUCUGUUUGAAAAUAUAUCACUUAUCCGUAGAAUAUGCCAAGAAAGUGAAGGACAAGCACAUUGAAAUUCUUAAAGAACAUGGAAUAUCUGAGGUAAUUGCUCCAGUGCAGGUAGCAAAUUUGCGAAAAGUAUGGUGCUAUCCAGUGCAGUUCGCAACGCCACCAUGCCCUCGUCUCCCACAGAUAGAUUAUUUGCUGGAAAGAGACCAGGCUUUGCUGCGUUACCAUAUGGAAACAGUAACGAUUAAUGCAGCCCACUUACAAAAGCUGGAACAACUUUAUAGGUAUAACUGCUUUGAUGAUAAAAAAUUCGAACUUUUUUUGCCACGUGUAUGGUGUUUGUUGAAACGGUACAACACGUUCAUUGGUGCAACAAGCAAAGAUGAUGAACCAACUCAAGGAUCACUUCCUAUCACAGUACUUGAGUGCUUGAAUAGAAUGUUUGGUGUAACAUUUGAAUGCUUUGCAUCUCCACUGAACUGCUACUUCAGGCAGUAUUGUUCUGCAUUUCCAGACACUGAUUCAUAUUUUGGAUCAAGAGGUCCAAUAUUAGACUUCAAACCUGUCAGUGGAUCAUUUGAAGCGAAUCCUCCUUUCUGUGAAGAGUUAAUGGAGGCAAUGGUGAAUCAUUUUGAAAGGCUUCUAUCAGAAUCCCCAGAAGCUCUUUCCUUUAUCGUAUUUAUCCCAGAAUACAGAGAGCCAGCACCAAAUGCACUGCUUAAACUUGAAGCAAGCCAUUUUAAGAGGAAACAAGUAGUCGUACCAGCUCUUGAACAUGAAUAUCGGAAUGGUCUACAACAUAUAAAAGCAAAGAGCGACAUGAAUGUCAGAUCUCCACAUGGGACACUAGUUGUAUGGCUACAGAAUAAUGCUGGCUACGAACGAUGGGGUCCAACGGAAGAGAGAGUAGAAUCGUUAUUGGAAGCAUUCAGGCCAGGACGAGAAAGGGAAAGAGAUCGUCAGGAACUACUUUCGCCACAGAGAAAUAAUGUGGUUGAACCAGUGCCAACAACUGUACCCUCACCACAAACACCUGACAAACCUCCAAUUGUUGUGCAAGACCAGAGGCCUGUUUAGCGCCUAGCACUGCAGAAUAUGGAUGUGAUAUUGACAAUACACAUUAAGGUGUAUGAAGAAACUCACUAAGACAGACUUAAUGCAGAAAAAUUUUUGUUUCUGUCAUCAGCAGUGAUGUGUAAGUUUUGAUCUCUAGCAAGGACACCUAAUUUCAUAAUUCUUUUAUAAGUGUUGAUUUUAAUGUAUUUUAUAUCAUUAUCAUCGGUCAGCAGAUUUUUUUUUUUAAAUCAAAGACAUUAUUCGUAAGCUUAUUUACAAUCAGUCACCGGACUGGUACUAUAACUGUUCAAUAUGAACAGCAGCAUCUGUAUUUUUAUCAUCUCUUGUUUGCGUCCUUUAAAGUAGUCAAUGCAACAUAAACGUGAUAAUGGCAUUUUUAAAUAAUUUUAAGCAGAUUUUUUUUCUUGAAGUCAUAAGACAUCUUACAUGUACCUGAUCUUUGAAACUAACUGUUCUAAGAUAAAUUUAACUGAUAUUUUCUUUUUUUGUUAGUGAAGUGUAUGAAUCAGAACAAUUCUAUUUCCAAGUGAUCUUUUCCUUGUUAAUUUUAUAUUACUCUGUGAUCACUUGAUCCAUGACUUCUUAUGUGUGCUAGUCUUUGUAUUAUAUUCAGUUACAUCUAGAUGAUCUUGUUCAUCUUCUUAAUGUAUAUAGAAUUUUAUGAAUUUUAAAUGUAAAUAUUUUACUGUAAAUAAAAUAAAUUAUAUUUUUUUUAGUAAAAUAGAUUCUGUAAAUUUACUGAUAAAAUGAACAGCAGAAUCUAUUUUAUAUAUGUAUACAAAGUGAAGAUUUCUCAGUAGAUAGUUGAAUAAUCUAACAUGUUGCUCAUAGGAAUUUUAUGCAAUGUUUCUACUAACCCACAUACCUUCCUUGCACAAUGUGUUUUAAAAAUGGUUGCUGAACUGUGCAAAUGUUGAUAGUUAUUAAUUCCUGUAAAAGUAAGAGAGAUCUGAUAUAAAAUGCACCACAAGUGAAGAUGUAUAUUAGAAGACACUUAGAAGGCAACUGUCCAUAUUUUAAUAGUUAAAGUAGGGAACACCCUGUUUUCCAAAUGUGAGCAUUAUACUUAUAUUUUUUUUAAAAUAGGAAAUUUUUAUCUGUACAUAUAAAAAUGUCCACACUGGUUGUAAAAAGAUACAAAUGUUAAAGUGUAAAGAAGAUAGAUUUGU